UCCCCAGGCGCCUGCGCGCUGCGGCCGCCGCGCCUGCGUAAUGCAGCGGGGCGACAGUCGGGGUCACCCUGAGCUGCGGACGGUGCGGCAAUGCUGAGCAGGUUCCUGGGCCCGCGCUACCGCGAGCUGGCCAAAUACUGGAUGCCCACGGCAGGCAUGUGGGGCGCUGUGGGCACCGUGGGGCUGGUGUGGGCCACGGACUGGCGGCUGAUUCUGGACUGGGUGCCCUACAUCAACGGCAAGUUUAAGAAGGACGAUUAAACCGACCCCCCUUGGACUCCUCCGGAGAACGGGAGCCAGGAGUGGUGCUCACCCUGCCUUGUCCCCCCUCCAGCCAUCUGCUGCUGCUGUCUUCUUCCCUGGGAGCCCCUGCAGUGUCCGGACCAGCCCACGCCCUCAGCACGGGCCUUGAGGAAAGUGACAGCGUGACUGAGGGCUGUUUCUGACGGUAGUUUCCUUGUUUGAAUGCACACAGCAUUAAACUUGCUCUGAAACCUGGCCCACCUGGACGUGGUCGUGUAGGGACUUGGCAACCUGACUGCCGCCGUGGUGGUGUGAGUGACCUGGGGUCCGUGGCUGCGGCAGAAUCCGGUCACUUACGGUGUUGAAUGCGUAAUACCUGUGCCGUGUGUAAUCACCACCGCGAGAAGGUACCGCACACCCAGGGGGUGUAAAACAGCAAAUGACCUCUCGAUUUCUGUGGGCAAGAAUUAAGGAGUGACUCAGCUGCGCGGUCCUGGCCCUGGCUUCCUCAGGAGGACGCGGGCAGGGUGUCAGCUGGGGCUGUCUCCUCGGAAGGCUAGCCCGGGGCUGCGCUGGGUGGGACUGCGCUGGGUGGGAGGGGCCGGUCAUGCAGCAACCCUCACACUGCGGGGGCCUCUCCGGGGCGCUCCUGGAGCCGCCCUGCGUCCUGUGUCUUGCGACCUUACCCAGAAGCCACCCUGUUAGAAAACACAUUCCCGUAUGUAGCCCACACUCGGGGUUGAGAACGCGGCUCUGGUUUGAAAGGAGAACUAUCAGAACUUGUAGAAAAGUGAAGUCAUCCCAUGAAUGACACAACAGUGAGCAGGUACACUGGGUCUGUGGCUCCCAGGUCCGUGUCCCCUGUCCCCCGCCCCUGCCAGGGUGGGGGGUGUACGCAUGCACGUGCAAAUUUGUGAAAGCGGCUCUUGUGUUGGUUUGCCAUCAGGAGACCCCAUGGGCGGGGCAGCUCCCACAGCAGGACUGGAUCUUCUCGGUUGUGCUGGCUGGGAGUGGGGAUCGGGGUUCUCACGGGGUUUGCUUCUGGUGAGUUCCCACAUCCUGCCUUCUGGCCGCAUCUUCACCUGGCUGCCCCCCCCCCAGCACAGCACAGGGAGGAGGCGGCAGUAUGUGCUCUGUGUCCCUGGACUCUGAUCCUAUGGGGACAGGGCCUCCCCUCCCAUGCUUCGGUCCUGAGGCCCGGGCUCCUGCAGCCAUGCUAGGGAUUAGGGCGUCAGCACAGAACUGAGGCACAGGCGGGGGAAGACACGCAGGGAACAGUCUCUGUCUUUAACACCAGCAGUGGCUUUCGUGAUUCCCCUUCCUGCGCGUCAUUCUCUUACCGAGGCAUCUUUCCUGGGGGCCACACCACCCGGGUAGGGUCCUCCGCUUUGACAUGGCAUAACAAUUCCCAUCCUGGUGCAGGGCUGGGCAGCCGGGCAGCCCCGCAGCCCCUGGGGCCAUGUGGGGCCAUGUGGCCCUCCUCCCACAGUUUUAUGUGAUUUUAUAAUGUUUAACAGUUUCAGUGAAAAUACAACUGAGCCUGCAUCCAUAAAAGAAAAGUAAAAUUCCAAGUCAGAUGCUGUUAUAAAUACAAUAUUGAGGCUUAAACUAUUGUGAGUUUUAAUACAACUUUUCAGUAUUUUAGUACUUUUCCAACCACUUUAAGUUCUGGCGGUGGGGAGGAGUUAACUAUUAAAAACCACAUAAAAACA